AUGCACUUCACCUCCUCCGGACUCGUCGCUCUCGGCGCCGCAGCCCUCGUGUCAGGUCAAACAACCACGACGAGCACCGAAACCGGCUCCGUCUCCACCAUCACCUCGGCGACGACCGUUUUCCCGUCUUCCACGACGACCACCGCCACGCCGGCUGUUACCACAACCGCCUCUGUCGUCCCUACCAACGCGGCGGGUAGCAACGUUGCUGGGCUGGAGGGGCCUCUGGCGGGGCUGGUCGUGUUUGCUGUUAUGGCUGUGGGGUUGGUGUGA